AUAUAUAUACACAUAUAUAUGAAGCUUUGCGUUACUAAAUCCACUGAUCACCUUCUUUGUUUUUGUUUUUCACACUCCCAUUAAUCCCACAAUAAUGGAAAGAAGAAUGAAAGUGUCGCCCCCGAAUUGUCAUGGGAAUCUCAUCACAAUUCUUAGCAUUGAUGGAGGAGGAGUUAGAGGCAUAAUCCCUGGGGUUAUCCUCGCUAACCUAGAGUCUCAACUUCAGGACCUGGAUGGGACGGAUGCUAGGCUCGUAGAUUACUUCGAUGUAAUUGCAGGAACGAGCACCGGCGGUCUAAUCACUGCCAUGCUAACAGCACCAAAUAGCGACGACAAUCGGCGCCCUUUAUAUGCUGCGAAAGAUAUAGUUCCUUUUUAUCUCGAGAACUGUCCAAAAAUUUUCCCGCAAACAAAAGGGCCUUUUGCUUGGAUAGUGAAAAUAUAUAAAGCUUUAACAGGACCCAAGUACAAUGGCAAGUAUCUCCACAAGCUGAUACGUGAUAUACUGGGGGACAAAAGGUUGCACCAAACCCUAACUAACGUUGUUAUUCCGACUUUCGACAUCAAGAAUUUGCAGCGAACGAUCUUCAGCUCAUUUCAGGUGUCAUGCAAACCAGUACUUGAUGUUCCACUUUCAGAUAUAUGCAUAAGCACAUCGGCAGCUCCUACUUAUCUUCCUUCUCAUUAUUUUAAAAACCAUGACGAGAAAGGGAAUGAGAAAGAAUUCAACCUCAUUGACGGUGGUGUUGCCGCUAAUAAUCCGGCUUUGGUUGCCAUUAGUGAAGUGACAAAAGAAAUAUUCAGGGAGAACCCAGAGUUCUUUCCGAUCAACCCCACGGAUUAUGGCCGGUUUCUUGUAAUUUCAAUAGGGACAGGAUCGGCGAAGACAAACCAUGACUACCAAGCACAACGGGCUGCCAGAUGGGGGAUUCUGAAUUGGUUAUCUGAUAAUGGUUCUACUCCGCUGGUAGAUGUUUUCAAUCUGGCAAGUGCAGAUAUGGUCGAUUUCCACCUUUCUGUGGUCUUUGAAGCUCUUCAUUCAGAAAGAAACUACCUCAGAAUCCAAGAUGAUACGUUAAGUGGGACGUUGGCAGCGGUUGACGUAUCCACAGAGGAAAACUUGAAGAAUUUGAUAGAAGUGGGCCGAGGAUUGUUGAAGAAACCAGUUUCGCGGAUGAAUAUGGAAACCGGUCAAUUCGAGCCUGUUCAAAAUGGUAACACCAAUGAGGAAGCUCUCAAAAUGCUUGCAAAAAUGCUGUCAGAUGAGAUGAACCUUCGUCGGUCGAAAUAUUAUGGCACGGAAGGAUCCACGGAGUAACAUGAAUGGGGAUCGAGGCGUUGUUAUUUCAUGUUUACGUAUGUUUUAUGAAAUCUUGUACUAAUUCUCAGCAAAAGGUAUGGUUGGUGACUGGUGAGGGAGCGAGUAGAGCCUUGAGGGUCACAUAUGUAAGGCCAACCUCAACCCACUCAACUCAUUAUACACCUCAAAACUAGCACUUCAAAUACAAUUCAGAAACUCUUGGAUACAACUCU